CUUUGUCUUCAAUCAAGUCUUCACCCCCAAACCUCACUCCUUCUAGAAGCUUUGUUCUUCACCUCUCAAUCCAAUCCUCACAAUAAUAUCUACACACUAAAAAAAGCUCCUGUCAAUUCAACCCAAAAAGAGGAAUAAAGGGUAUUUUUCACUUUGCAAAACUGUAUAUAAAGAGCCAAUCUUGAUUUCCUCUUUCACACACACUUAUCAUUAUAGUUUCCCUUUUGAUGGAUUCGGAUCUUAUUCCGGGUCUCCCUUCGGAUUUGGGUCUUGACUGUUUAAUUCGAGUUCCCCACACCGAAUUCUCCUCCGUCGCAUCGGUUUGCCGGAGAUGGAAGCGGGAGAUUCAGCUGCCGGAGUUCUGGCGCCGCCGCAAGGCCUCCGGGCUGACCCGGAGAGUCGUGGUAAUGUCGCAGGCCCGGGUCGACCCGACCCGGGAUCUCUCGGCCCGCAAAUUCGCUGCGGUCCCGUCUUACCGCCUGACGCUUUGCGAGCCGGAGACGGGUCUGUGGGCGGAGCUCCCGCCGAUCCCGGGUUGCCCCGACGGGCUGCCGAUGUACUGCCAGCUCGUCGCGGUCGGGUUGAGCCUCGUGGUGAUGGGCGGGUGGGACCCGGACACGUGGCGGGCCUCGCCCGCCGUCCACGUGUACGACUUCGUCCGCGCCGCGUGGCGCCGCGGCGCGGACAUGCCCGGCGGCGAGCGCCUGUUCUUCGCGUGCGCGUCGGACGGCGCGGGGACGGUGCUCGUGGCGGGCGGGCACGACGGGGAGAAGUGCGCGCUGCGGUCCGCGCUGGCGUACGACGUGGCGCGGGACGCGUGGCGGGCGGCGCCCGACAUGGCGGCCGAGCGGGACGAGGCGAAGGGCGUGUGGCGGGGCGGCGCGUUCCACGUCGUCGGGGGAUACCCGACGAACGCGCAGGGGAGGUUCGAGGCCAGCGCGGAGUCGUUCGACGUCGCCAAGUGGCGGUGGGGCCCGGUCCUGGAGGACUUUUUGGAGCCGGGCGCGUGCCCGAGGGACUGCGUGGACGGAGGGGACGGGAGGAUGGUGACGUGUCGGGGUGCUGAGCUGGUGGCGUGGGAGGGGUCCGCGUGGCGGGUGGUGGCUGAGCUGCCGUGCCACGUCAGGAGCACGGCCUACGUGGCGGCGUGGCCCGGGAAGGUGGUGGUGGUUGGGUCGGAGAGAUUUGGGGAGCCUUACAAUGUGUUUGUGUUUGACAUGAAGAGAUGUAAGUGGGAAAGAGUUGAGGCAGAGGAUGGAUUCAAAGGGCAUGUUCAAUCAGGAUGUUGCAUUGAACUAUAGGAUUUAGUGUAAUCAUUUCUCAAUUUUGUGUCUCAUUUCACAGAUUCAACUGAAAAUGCUACGAAUGGAGUUUUGUUUUUUUA